GAAAGGCUAUCACAGUCAGCCAUCCUGAAUCAUCUGGACAAAAUAUGAAAUUCAUUGGCAUAGAUGUUUCUUUCUUCAGUUUCUUCAUCCUUACUGUUCUUUGGAAUGCAGGAGCUCAAGACUCUUGCUCACAGCAAUGCGGAGAGCUGCUUGGCACCUGUUCUUGCCAGGUGACGUGCCAGUCCUUGGGGAUUUGCUGUCCUGAUUAUAAAGAAUUUUGUCUUCAAAUUUCUCCAUCCUCAGGAUCUCUGAUGGGAGGCAAAGACUUUUUGAUUGAAAACACAACUUUUAAUGCCUCUUCUAUGCUGACAUGCAGGUUCAAGCAGAAAAUCAAAACCAGUGGCUAUGUUUCUAAGGAUGGAAAAGCCCACUGCAUAUCCCCAUUGCUGUAUGAGACUGGUUUCAUCCCUUUUGAAGUUUCUACAGAUGAUGGGCUGACGUUUCCAUACUCUGGAUCUUGGUUAUCAGUACAUCACAGCAAAGUUUUGGAUGGCGAAAAAUGUACGUUGGUAAAUGAGACUAAAUGGCAAUACUAUGGCACCCCCAACACUGAUGGAAACUUAACUCUUACCUGGACACACCAGGCACUUGCAGCAACCUACAUCAACAUAGAAGUCUGGGGAUACCAUGAAACAGGUGACAGUUACUCAGAAAACUGGUUGGCUGAAUGGAAGUAUCUUUAUACUUUGGCAAGAGAAAUCCCCAAUACUGGGAAAUUUUCUUUCAUUCCUGUACCUGCUAAAGGAAGUUACAGUACGUGGGACUUUGGAAUCUUGAGAAUUACACCCAGCAACUAUUCUGAUGGGCAGAGCAACAUUCCAUCAAUCUGGAGCUCAGAGCAUGCAUUGGCUUGGCACCUUGGGAAAGACUUCAGAAAUGACCCAAAUGCAUGGGCAACUGCAAAAUGUAUAGAAUGGGACAAAAAGGAGGAGAAGCUUCCAAACUUUAUGGAAGAAAUUAUAGAUUGCCCUUGCACCUUGGCACAGGCAAGAGCUGACACCGGCAGGUUCCAUACAGAUUAUGGCUGUGACAUUGAAAAGGGGAGCGUGUGUACUUAUCAUCCUGGUGCUGUGCAUUGUGUAAGAGCCAUUCAAGCCAGUCCCCAGUACGCGGCAGGACAGCAGUGUUGCUAUGACUCUACAGGGACCCAAAUCCUCACACAUGACUCCACAGGAGGCAGCACACCUGACCGAGGCCAUGACUGGGGUUCACCACCUUUCAGGAAGCCUCCCCGGAUACCUGGUUUUUCCCAUUGGCUUUAUGAUGUCAUCAGCUUCUAUUACUGCUGCCUGUGGUCUGAUAAUUGUCAUGUCUAUAUGAAAAGGCGGUCCUCCAGUGACUGCAGGACAUAUCGCCCACCUCGAGCUGCAUCUGCUUUUGGGGAUCCUCACUUCCUCACAUUUGAUGGUCUGCACUUCACCUUCAAAGGGCAAGGAGAGUACACAUUGGUAGAGUCUGAUCUCACAUCCCUAAGAGUGCAAGGGAGGACACAGCAGGUACACUUUCCCAAUGGAACUGGGGCUCAGGUGACAGGCUUGUCUGCAGUGGCCAUGCAGGAGAACAACUCUGAUGUGAUUGAAGUACGCUACUCGGAGGAUUUGAAUCUGGAGGUCCUGUUGAACCAGAAAGUCAUCAGCUUCUCUGAGCAACGCUGGAUGGACCUGAAAGGUCUCUUUCUCCAUUCUGGAGCUGAUCAGAACAUCACAGUGAUGUUCUCUUCUGGGUCUGGAGUGGAAAUAAGGGGAAGUGGAGGAUUUCUGAGCUUGACAGUUCUGCUCCCAGAGAAGUUUAUGAAUCACACACAGGGUCUUUUUGGGGUAAUGAAUGGCAAUAUAGAGGAUGAGUAUACCUUCAAGAAUAAAACCACCAUGUCGGUUCAUGCAAGUCCCCAGCAGGUGUUUGAGUUUGGAGCUGACUGGGCCAUUGAAAAUGGAACUUCUCUCUUUACCUAUGACACAGAAUUAUUACUGAACAAUUUCUUUUAUCGGGAAAAGCACAAUGCUUCCUUCCUGCCCGUGUUCUUUCCUUAUGAAGACCCUGCUGAUCCCCUGGUGAAAGAGAUGGUCUCGCUCUGUGACUCUGACCCAUUCUGCAGAUUUGAUGUCCUGACAACAAGAAGCCUUCAAGUGGGAAAUUCCACAAGACUAUCUCAUGAGAACCACAAGCUGCUGGUAGAAAAUCUGAAGCCAGUGAUCUCUUGUGGCUGGCUGGAUCAUCCAGCCAACGGAAGAAAGAAUGGAACUAACUACCUGCUGGGCUCAACCAUCAGUUUCAUCUGCAAUCAGGACUAUGAACUCACUGGGUCAAAGGAAAGAAUUUGUCGAGCGACGGGGGCCUGGUCCGGAGACACACCCAGUUGUAUCCUGAGAACAGAUAUCAAAGAAGUAAUUCUUCUUGGCUCUAUAUUUGGAAUAGUCAGUCUUGCAGUCCUGGCACGCCUGACAUUCUUAUGUAGAAAAGAGAGACACAAAGCCAAGCAGAAACUUCUUUCAGAGGUUCCAGUUGUAUCUGAACAAUGAAAUUCCAAAGGAGUCUUUAAUGAAAUACAGAAGAAGCAGAGCAGAGGAUUAAAUCGUCCACAGCAACAAAGACAGACUUUCCAAACACAAACAAUGGUUUCAUAUAGUAUGCGAUCAUUUGAUUUCUGCUUUCAAUCUAAUGAGUGUUGAAUUGUAUGGGAAAUGCUAACCAACUUCCUGGGAUUAUAUCACAGCAGGCUCAGCCUACUGUCUAUCACAAGCAAAGGAUAAUGCUUCUGAAAGCAUCACUCUCAAGGUUACGGGCAUUAGCUUUGUCUAACAGUCACAUCUCUGCCAGCAGAACCAGAGUUCUGACAAAAUCAAGAGAGUUCAUUAUUUCUCUGCAUUUCUCUCCUUUUACUUGAAAGCUAGCAAAGCGAACACAAUCCCAGCCUACUACACUAGCCGUCAGCAGAGAAACGUUUGUGUUUUCUGGGGCCACGUAAGGCUGAUUUAGAUAGAUGUGAAAGUAGAUGCACAGUCAAGUGGACUAGUGGCAAGUAGGGUUGGAUUUGCAGAUUGUUGGGGUUUUUUUAGUAGGGAAGGAUAUUGAAGAUACUAUCGCAGUCUUACAUUUUGGCAAGUCUCUAAACAUAGACUCAAAGUGGCAUCUUUGUUUCAGUUCUGAGUUCAUUUUAAAAGGCUACAGCUAGGGGACAGGGAGGGAAAGUAGUCAGAAAAUUAAACCUUUCCUUCCAGGUUAACUUAUAAUUAUUUUUUUUAAAUCUAUCUUUAUUCAACUGUCCAGUUAGAGUCCAUCUUCAAAACAAAACAUCUUCUAACCUGCACUGAAAAUGUUUUGCAAAACUUGCAAUGUUUUCCUUGAAAAACUGCAACACGCGUAAUUUUUCAAUAUCUAGCUGUAUUACAGUGUGUUUCAUUGGCUUCCUUUUACCAAAAAAACCCCACCAAAAUCACCAUUAGCUUUUGCCUACAUCCCAAAGGGUUUGUGAAGUCAGUUCUGCAUUGUGCAACUCUUUUCGAUAGUGAAAGAAUUGCUAAUUUUUGCGGGUAGUUUGGUCUGGUUUUCUAAGGUCUUUAAUUCAUAAACUACUAGAAAAUCAUGGUUGUUUCAAAAAUCAAGGACAAACUAUGUACCAAAUGUAUAGGAAACCUAAAUACUGAAGCAGUACAGAUUUUACAUUAUAAUGGGAACAAGACAAAUUGAAACAAAUGCCUCAGACCAUGUAUUACAAAGUAUGAAAUUAUUCAUUAUUUAUUAGCUGCCAUUGCUGUUGCCAUUGUUGUUGUUUGUUAAGAGAGACCACAAACCACAAGCAGAAAAUUACAAAAUGAGAACAAGUGAUCUUGAAUAGAGUAAGCUGAAAUACAAACAAUUCUGUACAACAGAGAGAAAAAAUCUUGUUAAAAAAAGAACUUUGAAGGAAGACUGGGAAUGAUCAUCAGCAAUGAACUGGCUGUCCAUUGCCAGCAUGCUACAGUUUUAAAUAAAUGUGUAACUUGCGUAUACACAGAUAUCAGCUGUGUGCGCAACUGAUUAGUGGAGAAAGAGGGCGGCAGAACGAACAUAGGUGAUUUUGCCAAGGAGUGCUGGAAGACUGAACGGGCCUUUUGGAGAUAUAUCAGGUUGAUUUCGUGAACUUCAUUAUCAAUACAAUAUUAAAGUUUGUAAGCCUUCUCUGUUCCCAUGUCCUUAAGGAACAGAAUCCAGAUAAAAUAGAAUUGAAAUUGGGUGAACAGGUAACACAGUGGGGUCCCAGUCCUUGGAGAGGAGAAUUUUGUGGGUCAUUAAAUCACAGAGUAGUAAUGUCACAUGUGCUAUUAGACAGCAUGUACCACAAGGAAGUGCUGCGUGCACGCACAAUGAUUUGUAAAGGAAUGCUAGCAGCACUUGAUGUCAGUAGUUGUAUUGGGUUGCAUGGCAAGGUUUUGGUCGUGGCAGGACUACAGGGGUGGCUUCUGUGAGAAGCUGCUAGAAGGUUCCCCUAUGUCUGAUAAGGCCUAUGCCAGCCGGCUCUGAGACAGACCUGCCGCUGGCCAAGGCCAA